UCGGUUUUUUUAACUAUAUAUUGAUUGGCCAUAAAUUUAUUUUUAUAUUAAAUUAUUAAAUGUAAAAUUGUUUCAAACUUUUUUAUUAACAUUCACUAAUUAAAGAAAAAAAAAUUGAUCUCGAUACAAAAUGAGUGAAGAUACAAUAGGGAUCGAUCAACUCAAACAAAAAUUAGAAGAAAUCCACAAACAGAAUGAUAAAGUUAAAAGAGAGUUGGAAGAAUUGCGAAAAAAAAGUGAAAAUGUUGAAAAAAAAAUAAAAAUUGAAAUGGAUAAGAACGAUGAGUUGAUGAACAAAACCCGGGAAAUGGGACAAGAAGGAAACGAACUCGAUAAAGUAAUUAGCGAACAAUUAAAAAAAGUAUCGGAAAAAUUUCAAAUUUUGCGUCACGUUGAGGAAGAACUUUCGGAAAAAGAAAAAAAUAUCGAAACUUUGCUGAAUGAAAUCAAACUAUAAUUAAAAUUUUUAAAAAAUCUCUUAUCAUUGAAUUUUUCUCAACUUAAAUUUAAUUUAAAAUCAUUUAUAUUUUUUUUUAUCGGUAAUCAAACG